CGCUGACUGCACGAAGAGCUCGCGCCGAGGUCACGCGGCACGCGCACUGAAGACCAAGUACCAGCGCUGCUUCUAGUGUAUUCUUUUGUCACAAAGAUAUACAUCUGCAGUAUUUUCUCGCCGUUCCGCAAAAGGUACUCCGGCUACUACGCGCUCUUCAUUUCCGCCAAGGAAGCCAUGGUUAGCGAGCCAAAGCAGCAGCCUCAGUGGGCUUCGCGCGUCCGAGAAGUCGAGCUCCUCGUCUACUUCGCCUACCAAACUCCCCCGUGCGAAAGCAUUGGCCUCUACAAAGUCUUCAAGGUGCUCGAACUCGCCGAGAGCCUCAAGGUUUGGAAGGACAGAACCCAGUGCCAUGCUCCGACGUCGGAGAAGCUGCGCACGAUCGUCGAAGAUGACCACCUGUACGCUCCCAACGAGGUGAAGGACACGUUCGGCGCCACACUCAAAUGGCUAUUCGCCAACGUUGAUGAGAGGAAGGCCUACCUCGCUGAGUUCCUGCCGCUCGUGCGCUUCUCACGCUGUUCCGUCACCCACCACGAACCGAUGCUCUUAGACGUCAGCACCGUCGGACAGCCGGAAAAGGACGUCGCGGAGCUAGCGGUUCCUCCUCUGUCCCCUCCUUCCUCACGUGGCCCUGGCAGCGGUGACGGCACCCACUGAGGGUGCUUGCCACCGCCGUGGAGUAGCCGGCCGACUCGGGCCAUACGGUGAUCAUUUCCCCGUCUCUGGUGCCGGCGUCUCUGGUGCAGGCGGCUGCGUCGUCGGCCUUCACCGCGGCUACUCCGUGGCUUCGAUGGCAACGCCAUCUCUCGGUUGCCACGUAGGAGUGGUGGGCAGGGACGGGUGGUCAAGCGCGCAAGCAAGACAGCGAGAAGCGAGCGUCCUCCAGGCGGCUGCAACACACCAGUGGCAGGCUCAGGGACCGCAGGACAUGUGACCGGCUGAGCUUAAAGUGCGAAAAUCGGUGCUUUAUGUAGUUCGAUGAAGCGAGUAAUGGCUAUGAGCGAGCGAUGGCUAUGCGCGCGUGGUGCAUAACGCGUAGUUUCUUUUUACUGCUUUCUAUGUCCUUUUCUUAUCAAUCGUUUUUGUCGUUGUUGCUAUUGUAGCUUAGUGGCCAAUAUGAUUUCUACAAAACGCCCAGC